UGAAGAUGGGAGGGGAGAGGGCAGGUUCGUUCUUUUUUUUUCUUGUGCCUGAGGAUUUAGUGUCAAUGAUGAAAAAGUUUUGCUCUUCGCGAGCCCAACUUUCAGUUUAAAGCAGCUUCAGCUCAGAAGGUCGUCAUCCGAGAGCGGAUCUCUGCGAGCUUCUGCAGGAAAGAAGCCGACUGACUGACUGAGGCGCACCGCUGCUCCCUCCAGCCGGCAAGUACGACCAAUUUUGGAUGCCGGACCGCUCCUGCUCUUUCCCAGCCUUCUGUCAUCACUGCAGUUGGGGGGGGCGGAGGUUUCAUUGAAAAUCUAAUUAGGAUGGAGUCUCGGAGAGGACCAUGCGGCCAAUGACUGGGUGGGAGGGACUCAACAAUGGGGGAUCUGCCUGUAAAACAGGAAGGAACUGCGAGCACAGGCAGCCGAGGAGUGGAUUUCCCAUUCUAGGAUGGUCAGAGACGGUCUUAACAGGACAGCAAUACAGUGCCAAAAACAGAACAAGCCAGCUGAGAUAGAAGGCCAGAGUCAAGCCCCCGAAGAAGGCACAAGUCCUGAACAAUCGGAGAACCCAGACAGGCAACUGGAGCCUCUGUGGUGGAACCAACCUGUGGAGGAGCCCAUACCAUGGAGCCAGCCUGUGACCGGAGCUGAGGCCGACUUCUUCACGCACCUCCGUCCAUUCAGCAGUCAAGAAGCAUAUAAACUUGUGAGGCACACGUACCAGCAGCUUCAGCACAGCGGCUUCUACUGGGGUCCAAUGACAAUGGAGGAGGCCCAUGAAAAACUCUCCCAUGCUCCCAUCGGAACCUUCCUCAUCAGAGACAGUGGGCAGCCAGAUGUUUUCUUUACCCUUAGCUACCAAAGUGAAGAUGGCCCCACAAGUGUCCGCAUCAUCCUGGAGAACCUCCUCUUUAAUCUGUACGGCAGCCUCAGGACUUUUUCCUCGCUGUUUGCUCUGCUGACGUACUAUACAAGCUCAUCGUGUAAGCUGACGGAACCGUAUCGCAAGCAGCGCCCGGAGCGCCUAAAGCAGAUGUGCAGGAGGGCGGUCAUACGCGCGUAUGGAUCUGAAUGUACAAGUACCUUACCUGGUCUGAGUGUUCAAAUGAAAGCUUAUGUUCGUGCAUAUCCUCACUGUAUUUAGACACACCUGCUGCUUCAAGAUGUGUGUUAUAACUUAUCGUUUUUAUAGAUGUACCGUAUAAUUUAUUGUAAAGUACAGCUUAUGCUUUUAAACUUCUUUCAUUUAUGUACAGAAUGAUUUAGACUGCACCUAACGCAGAAGGUGCACAGCUGUUUUUUUCUGCAACAUUUUAGGGGAAGAAAACAGCAGCUGGACGGCUCAGUUGGCUGCGUGUAGGACUGGCACACAGGAAACCAUGGGUUAGUUUCCCAGGGGGCCUAAUGAGCUUCAUCCAGUGUGGGUGUUUAGGGAAGAUCCUUCACGCUUCUCCCUACCUAUGUAGGCCCGGGUGUUGGUCUCCCUGUGUCGGCCCCCAGCCUGAAUGAAAUACAGGGUUGUAUCAGGAAGGGCAUCAGGCAUAAAAAAAUCUCUGCAAAAUCAAAAGUGCGACUCAGUUAAAGCUCAUUCGCUGUGGUGACCCCUGACGGGAUAUGCCGAAAAGGUGAACAACAACAUUAAUUUAAAAAAAAAACACAACUCCAACACACUCCAUGACACAUUUGCUUGCAGGUCAUUAUGAAGUAACGUUGACUUUAGAUGAAUAACUUUGUUACUCCCUUGAAGCUAAUGAUCUGUUUGAGAGCAAAACAUUUCCUUUAGGUAACAUAUAAUUUAUCGUCCAAGCUUUUUAGAAUAAUGUGACUUUUUUGUAGUUUUUUAUUUUACUUUUAAAGCUUUUUCUUAAAACACCAUAGGACUGCCUAAAAUCUAACAUCGGUUUCAAAUAAAUCCUUUUGUUUGAGCCAUACAUAAAAAAAUCUACAAAGACAAGGUUCAUCGUGACUUCUGUGUUACAAGAAAAACAACAUAACAUUUUCUUGUCAUUUUUCAAAACUCAUCUGAUUGUAGAUCUACAUCUUUCAUGAAGUGAUUAGAUGUAGUUUAUACAUUUCAUAGGGAGGCUUUAUGAGAGUGAAGAUAAUGUAUGUUUUUCACCUUUUUUGUAAAGUUGAGCUGUCAGAUCUAAAAUAAGAAACUUUUUAAUUGUUAUAAAUAUAUUUUUGCUUAUUUGCAUGACUUGUACUCAGUUAAUUACAGUUAUUCUUUCAAACCGUUUUUACACAAUCAACAGAUGUGGUUACUGGUGGUUUUCUGUGGUACUGCUGGAGGGAUUCUUCAUAAAACUUGAAUGAUGACUUCAUGUAAAUAAUAUGCUCUAAAUAAAUUCAAUCAUGCUGUUUUUAAAUUUAGUGGUGUACUGCACUGAUGACAGAGUUAAAGGUUGAAGAAUCUGCUGUGAUCAAAACCAGUUUUGUUCCUGGGUGAGCUGGGUAACAGAGAAAUAAAGAGAGAGUGGCAAAGA